UGCGGGCCCUGGCGGGGCGCCGAGCUCGGCGGGCUGCGCGCCGCCGCUGCCAUGGAGAGGGGAGGCGGCGGCCGCGGGAGGGGGUGACUGCGCGCCCCGUCCCCCGAUGAGACUCUGGCCGUUCUGGCUGGGCUGCUACACCCUGCUCCUGUGGACGCUGAGGAGGAGGAUGUGGGCUGGCCCCGCCAGGUACCUGCGGAGCCCUUUAUCCAGGUCUCUCUACGCGAAUAUGAUGGGUACCCACGGUCCACCCGCUCCGGGCGCCGGGGAGAACCACCAGUGGUAUGUCUGCAACACAGAACAGUUGUCUGAAUCCCUUCAGCCUAUUUUUGUCCAGAGUUACCUUGACCAAGGAACGCAGAUCUUCUUAAACAACAGCAUUGAAAAAUCAGGCUGGCUGUUUAUCCAGCUCUAUCACUCUUUUGUGUCCUCAAUUUUUAGCCUUUUUAUGUCUAGAACAUCUAUCAAUGGGCUGCUGGGAAGGGGCUCAAUGUUUGUGUUUUCCCCAGAACAAUUUCAAAGACUGCUUAAAAUAAAUCCAGAGUGGAAAUCCCACAGACUUCUCGAUUUAGGAGCUGGAGAUGGAGAGGUUACUAAAGUCAUGAGUCCUCACUUUGAAGAAAUCUAUGCCACUGAGUUGUCUGAAACUAUGAUAUGGCAGCUACAGAAGAAAAAAUACAGGGUGCUUGGUAUAAAUGAAUGGCAGAACACAGGAUUUCAGUAUGAUGUUAUCAGCUGUUUGAAUUUGCUGGAUCGCUGUGAUCAGCCACUGACUGUAUUAAAAGAUAUUAGAAGUGUCCUGGAGCCAACUAGAGGCAGAGUCAUUCUAGCAUUAGUUCUGCCGUUUCACCCAUACGUGGAAAAUGGUUGCCACAUUUGAGCUGUGUUGGAGCAACAUGGGAAAACUGAUCUCUGAUUAGGGCCCUCUGCUGCUGUCACAUAGGUAACCCCAGUUGUCUCUAGCAACCGUUGAACAAAUCCAUCAGAACUGUCUGUAGUAUUGAGUAGAGCAGCUUAGCUCAAAAUGUUUCAAGCGUUCCAGAUGAACUACACCUAAAAAUUACUAGGGAGAUAAUGUUUGCUGUCCAAUACAAGCUCUCGGAGUAAAAUAUAGACCAUGUACUAAUGUGAAAUACCAACCAUUAUUAGUAGUGUACUAAUAACUGGAAUAAGAAGUAAAAUUUAUUGCUGACAUUCCAUUAUUUCCUGUAGUUGCAUUUUAAAAAAACGCAUGAGAGUCAUUUCAAAUGAAUCUUUCUCUGUGACUGCACAUCAGAAGAGGCUAGAAGCUUCUUUCAGGUGCCUGUGAUUGUGGGGAUUCAACUUGAGGCAUGCUAAAGGAAGUUUAAGUUCUAAAGGCUGGUGUUCAUCAGUCAUUCUUUGGACGUUGGCUGUCCUCAACUAGUAAGAAUUGUCAGCAGAAGUAUAUGUGCUCCUAGAAAGUACAAGCUAAUAAUGUUAAUGUUUUGGAAAUCAUAAAUCAAAAGGAAUCUAUUUUUCUUUAUGCCAUUAACACUGGGGAAGGAGGGGGAUUGAGAGAGGCAAAGGAAAAAAGAAAGUUAAGUCUAAAAAUAAGAUAAUUUGAAGAGCUACUUAAAGCAUGGUAUUUGAGCAUGUUGUUUGAUAGCUGUUCUAAAAAGUAAUAUGUCUUAAAUGAGAUAAGAGUUUGACUUAUGCAUCUGUAUGAUAUUUUCAAGCAGGUUUGGUUGCAGCUGUGUUCCUAUAAUGUAGGAUUGUUUCACUUCCUCUCUUUAGAAUCAUGUGAUGAUAGAAUUGCUCAGGUUGGAAAAGACCUUAAAGAUCAUCGAGUCCAACCACAACCUAACCAUAUUACCCUAACUAACAGCCCUCCACUAAAUCAUGUCCCUGAGCAACUUAAAAUUAUUUUAAAUUCCAAGUAACAGCAUUGUCUCACUAGACUUCCAUGAGUGUAUUAGAAGCAGAAAUCGAGGAGUGAUUUGUGUGUUUGUGUGCCUUAAAAACUAUAUGUCGUUGUGUUUUGCAAUCACUGUUACGCCCAGUAUCUACUCUUCUGCAUGUUGUUGGGUAACCACGCUAGACCACGUGUAACUUCCUCACUCACCAGGAGGUAGAUAGAUUAAGAAAGAAAAAAAUACUCCAAGCCCAUUUAUAAUCCAUCAUUAUUUGCCUGCAGCAUACUGGGAAUAGAAUAGGUUAUUAAAUUUGGAAAUCCUGAGAGAC